GACACGGGCCGUCUCCAUCCCAGAUUCCGAGAGCUCCCAAGGUCGCACCGCGGCUCCCCCAUCCCCCCACAACCCGUGCCGCCCGGUCGCCUCGCCUCCUGCUCCUCGACGCCACCGCCGCCGGUCGACAUGGGGUUCGUGUCCUUCGCCGGGAGGGUCCUCUUCGCCUCUGUCUUCCUCCUCUCCGCCUAUCAGGAGUUUAGUGAGUUCGGAGUUGAUGGUGGACCAGCUGCAAAGUCUCUUAAGCCUAAGUUCAACAGUUUCACCAGAAACAUAUCUGCCCAUCUGGGAGUUGUGGUGCCCCAUGUUGAGUUGAAGCAUGUGAUUGCUGCUACCAUUGGUCUGAAGGGUCUGGGAGGUCUCCUGUUUAUCUUCAGCAGUUCAUUCGGUGCUUAUCUCCUGGCGCUCUACCUUGCUUUUAUCACACCUGUGGUCUAUGACUUCUACAACUACGACAUGGAGAAGAGUGAAUUUGUGCAGCUCUUCAUCAAGUUUACACAGAAUCUCGCACUCUUCGGCGCGCUUCUUUUCUUCCUGGGCAUGAAGAACUCCAUUCCCAAGCGACAGGCCAAGAAGAAGGCUCCCAAGCCAAAGACAAACUAGAGCACCCAAGGUUAUUGAAGUGUUGCGGGGGAGACGGUCUGAUUUAAAAAGCUACCAUACCUGUUCCGUUGUGGUCAAAUCUUAUGUGUAUCAGAUCCUUUUUUUGAAGGGUGCGGCCCUUAUGAGGUGUGGGUGGUGGUUUAGGCUACUAGAUUGUAUCAGUAUCUUGUACUUUGGAUUUAUUUGUUGUAGGGUGCCAUGGGUUAAGAUUAUCCAUUUAUUUAUUUUGCAACUAAUAUUGAUACUGAUGGAAAUGAUUACCAAGGGUUCUUUGCUUGGGUAUUAUAUCUGGUUUGUGUUUGGGAACCUUGCAAUCUA